CACGUCUCAUACACCGAGGAGCAGAUGGGUCAUGUGCGGCAAAGUGCAAGGAAUGAAGGACACAGGAAGAAUUUGACUGAAAUUAAAUUAAAUUAAAUUUAUCGUGUCAACAUUAAUUUGCUAAAAUUCAGAAUCGAUUAGGCUGAAAUUCGUAGAUUGACUGAACUGGAACAAUGAAAACACAUUAACCAAGAAUAAUUUAUAAUUACUUAAUAUUUGUCGCAGUUAAGGUAUACAAAAUGGACCACUUGGAGGAAAUCAGACUCCGCCUGGAAUGUCAAGUCAACGAAUUUUUCAGCUCGACCAUCCCCAAUGAACGAAAACAGCAAAUUGGCCACCUUCUCGAGAACUUUUCGAAACAAGAAGGUUCCUGGAAGCAGGCCCUUUUCUUUCUCUCCAGGCAGGAAUCUUUCUCCAAUGAUUUUUUGUCCAUGUUUUGCAUUACCGUGAUUGAAAACUCAGUUAAAGGAAGAUGGAUUACAAUGUCGUCACAAGAAAAGACCGAGCUACACACAACUUUGUACAACUUUUUGAUACAACAUGCCUCUGCUUCGUCACACGUAAAGUGUCCUCAUUUCGUCCGGAAUAAGAUUAUCAAGAUCUUAACGGACGUAGGAAAAUUUUCAUGGCCCCGAGACCACCCACAGUUUUUAGAAACUGUGUUAAAGAUUACGGCCAACGAUGACACUGUCGUAAUUGGAUUACUAUUUUUGAAAACUAUUUCGGAAGAAUGGCCAUCAUGUAAGGAUGAAAUUAGCACUGAUCGCAAGUUUGAGUUGAAAUUUCACUUGAUAAAAGAGCUUAAGAAGAUAUUCGACCUGUUAUUCCAAAUUUUGUCUACUGGACUGAAACAUUAUGUUAGCGUUCCACAAUCAAGAUCUGGAACGGGUAGUUUGUCGCCAGCGUUAAAAGAAGUUAUUGCCUUAGCUCUGGAAACGUGUGCUCACUUUUUCACUUGGAUCCCUUUCGAUGGUUCGCUGUGUUCUUCAAGCACCCAAAUGUCACAAGCCACCGAAAAAAGUGCUCUUUUUACGCCACAAUUAAUCACUGUACUGUGCGAAUAUGCAUCGACUGACACGAGAUUGGUAGAGACUGAUACGGACGCACUAGAAAAUUUAUCGAUUUUGGGGCUCAAUGUUCUUAACGAACUUUUGUAUAGAAAAUACGUGCCAAAAGAGUUGGACCAGCAUAUCAAUAUAAUAACAACGUUUGGUGUCACGUUGUUGUGUAAAAUGUUUACGGGAAUUGGGUCUAAAACAGUCACCCACAAAUAUCUGGAAAAAGGAAUCGAAUUACUAUGUCUGAUCGCAAAUUCGUAUUUCUUCCGUUAUGACAAGCAAAGUUCGCGACAAUUUAUUGCACUGCUGCUGAAUUUUACGUUCGCUCAUACUGAGACUGUCUUCUACUACGAGUGCUUAGAGAUUUGGAAACUUCUAUUGGAUCAUCUCAUUAGUGAAGUUCCAUUCGCAAAUUUCUUAAGUCGGGAAGAAUUGUUGGAUAAUUUCAAACCAUAUUUGCUCGAUCUGGCUCUUGGAAUCGUCCGCAGCACUGCCAAGUUUGAUAUUGAUGAUGAUGACGAAUACCAUGAAGAUGAGGAUGAUGAAGACGUCGACACUCUAAGCCUUUCGAAAAAUGUGGAUGUCUUAGUAAAAAUUGGAGAACUAUUACCAACGGAAUCUUUGGAACGAGUGACAUCUACAUGGACUUCAUCUUGUCAAUAUUUUGAAAGUCUGCUAAACAAGAUGGACCAAUCCAAGACUUUAAUUAUGUUGGAGAAUGAGACUGAUAUUAAGCAUUUUAGUUUUGUUGUUCAAUUAAUCGGCAGAAUUGCCGAAAUAUUUUAUGGCGACGUUUUCAAAAACGAACUCGACCGCGGUAAAACUCUAGUGCAAGAACUCCUUGGACUGAUGAUCAUCUCAAAAAACUUUUAUUUCCUACGAUCGUCAGAAGUCCUUAUUCAAGCAAAUUGUGAAAUUGUCUACGCGCUUCGGGCCUGGAUCGUAUGGAUAGCACGCUACUAUUCUGAAGUAAUUUUGACCGAUUGUACGGUCAACGAUGCUACGAGUUUUUACGAAAUUCUCUCCGUCUCAGCCGACUUUCUCCGUUUCUCCCUCGAUAACCAUGUCACAAUUACCCCCAACUUAAUUUUAGCAAACGCCAACUUUUUCUCCAUGUUAGUGAACUGUAUUCGCACCCCACACAUUUUCAAACUGCCCUGGGUUCAGACUCUGAUCCAUCAGAUUCUUCCACUUCGUGAAUCCCUACAAGAAGACACGUUUCGAGUUUUAAACAAGUCUGUAGCGAUCCUUCUCCUCCUCCCUUGGCAAAAUUCGACCACAGCUGAACAAGAAUGGGAAUUCAGAACCGGACUUUAUAACCAAUACAUGAAGAAUCUCAUGACUGACAUGUUAUCGUCAGCAAACAGCUCUGAUAUCCCAAAAUUGCUGGGAUCAAUUCGUGUCUUGAAUGAUCAACUCGAAAUCCUGCAGAUGGAGUGUUCCGUUUCUAAGAAAAUUUGCUGGAGCGUGUUUCAAGAAAUUGUACUAUUUAUGCACAAAUUAAUCCCAGUCUAUGUAAAUCGGGCAGACGUUAGUGAAGAGAUUCUCAACUUUUUCCUUAAAGUCAUGGAGGUUUUACGUCAGCAAGCCGGUGCUCAGUUCUUUGAAGAAACUGUUCGAAUUUUUCUUGGCUUAUUCACAUCUGCAAAUAUUAUCACGAAUAUUAUGAAAGACGCAGAUUCCUCUACCAUUGUGAUUGAAAAGUUCCUAAAAAUGUUGGAAUAUAUGAUUAAAGACCCAAGUCCGUCAUUCAAAAAAUUUCUUCCCGAUUGUCUCUCCGUAGCCUUGGAUAACAUCUACCCCGUCCUCGCCCAGCGAACCAGUCCAGAUAUGAAGCUUGUAUUUUUUCAAUUUAUUCGUGACGCAGUAAAUUAUCGUUGGAAUUAUUUUUUCCCUGGAUUCCUCUACGCUGCUCCGUCCGCGUCCGGUUCUCCUUCUUCCGUAUCGGAGGAAGAUGCCGAAAUCAGCCGACGACUUUAUCAGAUAUUCGAAACAAUAGGACAGUCUUUCCUCCAAUCGGACUUGGAAGUGUUCCGCUUUAAUCUAAAUACGCUCGCUAUUUGGAAUCAAAAACAUCAAAUCUACUCGAGGAUGGUGAUCGACUUGAAAAUGUUUGACGGCUUUAUGAGUUUAUUAAUCCAAGUUUUGGCCAGCAAAUCACACGACUUACUCAAGGAAGAAAUUGCAUUCAAUUUGUAUGAAAUGUCAUUGGUGGAUUUUACCCGAUUUUGGCAAGUAUUCCUAAUCCAAACGCUACAAAAGGAUUUUCCCGUGUUAUCGCCCGAUCAACGCUUGUUUCUAGCUGGAAAAUUCAAACCAAAAGAGGGAUCAAGUAGUAGUAACACUUCCCGCAGUGGGGAUAAGAUCGAUCUGACCGGAUUUACAAUGUCACUUUACCGAUUUGUCGAUGAUUUGCGGUAUUAUCAUUUUUACGAUGAGUGCAUGAAAGCUGCUAAUAAUGGCAACAACAACGCGGCGACGGGGCCGCAACAGCAACAACAACAAACUAUCGUGGGAUCACCUUAAUUUAUAUUGUUUAUUAGAAUUUACAUAGUUAAUAUUCUGCUUGGUCGAAUAACUUACUACUGAUUAUAGUAACUCGAAGAUAUAAAUUAUGUCUGUACAAAGUAACGUAUAUAGGGAAAAAUGCAUUCAUGAUAAAACAAGUCAAUUUUGCUAUGCGCAAUUUUCAUUUCUAUUUUUAAUUUCCGCAAUGUCCGCUUAUUUCGUGUACUACUUACGUUCCACAUUUAUAAAACUCAUUCCUCGCAAUAACAUUUAGUUUGAUUUUAAUGUUUUGUUUAUCCUAGCCGAGAAAUUUUAUAACUCUAUAUUUUUAGCAGUUUAAUUUAAUUAUGCAUUUAGUUCAUGGCAUUACUAAAAAGAAUGAUAAUGAAACUGUAUAGCGAUUAAUAGAACUGGUCAAUAAAUACUUUAUUUCUUCUAUAAAAAUCUGUACUGCAUUACAAUUUAAA